AUGCAAUCUACCUCUCUAGCACCGACGCAUCUUGUACUAUUGAAAAGAGGACGCAUGUACCUCUUCUUCUUCUUACUACCUACUCCGUAUACCACCCACGCUUCCCGGGACUGCCCGCCUCCUUCACUAGUAGGUGAGCCAAAAGAAAAGAAAGAAAAAAGAAAAAAAGAAGAAAGAAUCGGGCAAGACCAACAAAGAUCAAGACCCAUUGGCACCAAUCAGCAUGGUGGAAAUCCGUCUAAGAAACAUCCAAGUCUAACCGCUGCCUGA